AUGGAUUUCUUUAAAAGUGUGUUGCCACCGUUGCCAAAAUUACCCAAGUUGAAGAAACUACGCCAAUGGAACGGUGGCUCACUGUUGAGUCUCAACCAGUUCCCUAACCUGCCCGCACCAUUCAAUCUGGGUAGUGGAGGCGUUACAUCCGCACCCACCAGUACACCAUCAACCAGUACCUCCGUGCCGUGCGGGGAUUUCGGACGUCAACAUCAACCAGCGCCACCGCGCAAACCGCAGCACAUGCGCCACUCGUCCGACAUCUCCAUCAUUUCGGCGGCAGUGUGCAGCAGAACACCGGCCGACUACAGCCACCGGGACAAUCUCGGCCUGUACGCGCUCAAGUGUGAUCGGAGUGCGGCUAAGCGGGGCAUUCUGUUGAAUCUGCCGCGGAAAAUUACCCAGGCGGUCGGUGGUUCGGAACCGUCCGUUGCGCCACCGGCAACGAUGGUACACGAGAAGUUUUCACCCUGCAAACGUCAUUCGGUCGGCGUUACCGAAGAGCUGCCGGUGAUAAAACCGCCGCCGAGACGAAGAAAACGAUUGCCGGCGGGUGAGCAACGGAAGGUACCGGAUGCGGAUCUGAGCCGGUGGCAGAAGAACAGCAGUGAGUUGUUUCGGAUCGUGGAGCGGGAAUCGGCUAGUGCGGCGCGGGCCCGAUCGGCUGGAGGCGUUGGACUGAUGCUGACGAAGAAACCGCACCGGGCAGUACCGCCGAAGCGCAAUACGCUUUUCGACGCACCAGCGCAAUCCAGCAGUGAUGGAGCGGUCGUCGAACUGGUGGAACAGGUCAAGGCCCAAUCGGUCGACAAUCUGCUGGCGAUGCGGUAUCAUCGUCGGCGCCGGGGUGCUUUCGCCGAACCGGAAAGACCGCGGGAAGAAAGUGACAGUGAAUCGGACCGGCAGGUACAAUCGUUGCGCAUCCAUCCACAUCACCACCGACGUACAUCGUCGGCUGUGAAUGGGAAAAUCACCGCCACUGAUCAUCCGGUCAAUGUGCCGCAGCGUGUUAUACACCCACCUUCCGGAGCAACCUCACUACCGACAACGGCAGCAGUCGUCGCCGAGCGCCCCUUCCCACUGGACCAUGCGUGUGAUUUUUCCAUCGAUAACAACUCGGACGAGAUCGAGGUACGGUUCCGGAAAGGUUACAGUACGGACGAGAGUAGCGAAACGGUAAAGCCGGACAACGCGGAGCGAAGAUCUGCCAACCAGGAAAGGCUUCUUCUACCGCCACGUAUCGUGCAGUUAAGGCGCACUGACUCGGGACCGUCGAAUCGUGCCAAAGUAACCGCAUCUCCUGUCCGUGCGAUACCAAAACCCGAACCGGUCGCAACCGAUGUACAAAUGGAUCCAUCCACCACACGCCAGUUUGUGCCGCUAGCCGAGGUGCUGCGGAAAUCGAUCGACAGUGCAGAACUGAAGCGUAAGUGGAUUAAUGACUUUCUCUCGCAAGGGAGUGAAAUGAAGACAAGUCCUGAGGAUGAACCAAACACAAAAGUUGGGAACGGUAAUGGGCUCGAACCGUUCGUACCACAGCUCGACAUCGUGCAGCGGAUGGACCGUCAGCUGGAAGAGCUUGAGGGAGUGAAUUUCCCGCCGGCGAACACCCAUCGGCAGGGUUCGAACGGUAGCGUGGAUAUAUUCCGCAGGACGAACUGUGAUUUUGACGAGUUUGAUGAACUGUUCACGUCGGCGGAUCAGACCGGCGGUGGUCGUAAAACGGUUAAGCUAAGCGAGCAGAUCACGUACAUCGAUCGCAGCAGUACCACCAGCAAUCUUUGCUUCUCUUCCUCUUCCUUCUCAUGUGCGAGUAUGGAAGAUGGAAAACCAUCAUUACCAACAUCAGCUCCACCAUCAUUACCACCUCCUCCUCCUCCACCACCACCGCCACCUCCUCUACCACCUCCAGCAUAUGGAGGAAAGGUAUGCAUGGAUGAUGGGAAACUGGCCGGCGAGGUAAAAUCGAUGGCACUGACCGGGUGCAGGAGUACGGUGCAAAUACAGGACUACAGCAGUAAGCACCUUCAACGCGUCCGGUAUCUAUCGUCGCCGUCACCGUCACGCAGCUCGAUUGCAACACUGCACACCCACGGUAACCUUCCGUUACCAACGGAUUCGGGCAGCGAUACCGACAAUGGCAAACACCGGAAAGCAAACAAUAAUAUAGUGCUUCCUUUAAAUGUACACAGCAAUGUGAAUAGUUACGAUGUAUCGUUACGUACCAAUCGGCAGUUAACGGGCCCAGAUGCCCAGAAAACUAAUGCUGCUGUAUCGCUGGUCCAUUCGGGACCGGAAAAUCCACCAGAGCUUGAACACUGCGCGGUCGUGCAAGGUCGACGAAAUCAUGAUGUGAACCGUCAUCCAGAACCAGCAACCAGCAGCACCAUCAGCAGUGUGCUACCGGACUACAGUGAAUACUAUAACGAGGAGGGUGUCAUUAUUAUAUAA